AUGGUGACGUUGCCGAUUUUUGACAACCCUAUUUCCAACACCAAUGAGGUUACAGAGAACCCGAGUAUGCCUUCACUUAAGGAACACUUGCCCCUUGCUGUUCACCUCUAUGCGCUAGGAACUCUGGGGGUUUUGUGGGCCCGGGAUGCCCCUCAUCGCAAGCACCACCUCGAUUCGCCUCUAGCCCUGUGCGUCCAUGCGUUGCUCGUUGUUGUGGCAGUACAGGCUAUUCCUGGCUGGUUUGGGGCCGUUCAUCAGGUGUCUGUUGCAAUGCUGCCAGCGCUAGCACGCUACAUUGAUGGCCAGCUCGGGUUCAGGCUCGUCAACCUCGUUGGACUUCAAGCCCUCUUUCAAGCCAGUGGAACUCCUUUUUCCCUGCAAACAACCGGAUUCCUGCUGCACCUGUGUCUGCUUGCUGCUGACCUCGAUGCACAAGGCUGGCACGAUCUGCAUAGUGUGGUUCGCAGUGCGCUUUACACCAAGGAGAUUGCUUUGAGUCGGCUUGGGCACAUUCGUGAGCUUACUAUCGACGACUUUUGGGCCCUGCCUGAGCGGCUCCGCCUACAGACAGCACACCAAGAGUUCAAAUACGACCAGAACGAGACACUCUUCAUCCUCCGAGCUAUCGUUCGGAUGAUGUGGCGUCCAUACCUCCCACUCCUCGCUGUGCAGUCGCUAUCCCGUAUUUCUCAUGUCAUGCAGUCAGUCAUGUUCGCAAAGGUACUCCAGUGUGCUGAAAAUCCGUCAGGCCACGCAUGGUACCAGACAUAUCUGUAUAUAUUUGCCAGUCUGGUGCUACAGCUGAUCAACUCGCAGUCUGGCCGCAUCAGCAAGCUGCUGUCAGAAGAAGAACAGCGAGUGUCAAGGGCGAUGGAAUUAGAGCUUGUCCGACUGCCGCUUCUAUCGGCUGGCAAUCAAGUGCCAAGAGGCGGGCGCAUGAACUAUUUGGUGAAUAGGAUCUUCCGAUGUCUCCGCAGCAGUCUCUCCAAGGUAUCCUCUCUAGCGACGGCUGCAUUUACUCUCUGGCUGACCUACCGGACAAUCGGCUGCAUUUCAUUCAUCCCCAUUGCUGUUAUCAUUGCCCUGUCUUCGGUGACCUGGGCAAUUGGGCAGCUCCAGCAGUGGUGUGGUCGCCCAUACCAUGAGGAGUGGGCUGAAAAGUUGGACUCUACCGAGAUCUAUAGGAACAUCAAGAUCAUCAAAUUCAACAGCUGGGAACAGAGGUAUCUUGACCCCGCUCUCGCUACCAACAGAGACACAGAUUGGUUAGGCAGCGAUGCAAUCCCUAAGAGGUAUCGUCGUGCGGUAUUUUUGGUUCUGGGAGUGAUUGCCAACAUUAACGGCAUUUUGCAAGGGAUUUCGAGCCAACUGGCAGUUUUCUUCACUGUGCAGCUGCAUAUUCAGAGCGGCAGGACGCUGUCCAGUGUUGAGUUGCUGCAGAUCGCCGACCAGAUUUCACAGACCAAGGCUAAUGCUGCAAGCGUUAUAUCCGGGUUCAGAUCAUUGUCUGAGGCGAUUACUACAAACAUCCGGAUGGAAGGGUACCUAAGGAUCGGGCCCACAGACGGUGUUCUGGUACAUCCAGCGACUUCAACGGUAGGCCCGUCAAUCGAGAUGAAGGAUUGCACAUUCACGUAUCAGUCACUUGAGUCUACAAUGAAGGAGAAGAACGUGCUGGAGCGCGUAUCACUCAAAAUCGGCAGCGGUGAGCUUUUGUCAGUCAAGGGCAGUGUCGCAUCUGGCAAGACAUCCCUGCUGCAUGCGAUGUGCGGAGAAGUGAGGAUGCGAUCCGGAACUGCAUCGGUUUGUGGCAGGAUCGGGUAUCUGGAGCAGUCACCGUACAUCAUGAACAGCACGCUGCGUGACAACGUUCUGUUUGGCCAUGACUUUGAUGAAGCGUUUUACUGGCGUGUCAUGAAGGCCUGCGCGUUAAUGGAGGACAUCGAGCAGUGGCCGGAUCGCGACAUGACGCUAAUUGGCGAGCGCGGCAUCAAUAUUUCGGGUGGACAGAAGGCUCGGCUGGCGCUUGCUCGUGCAGUGUAUACUCGGGCUGAUAUAUACAUCCUGGACGAUCCGCUCUCUGCGGUUGAUGCACAGGUCAAGCGCCAUCUGCUAGACCAUGUCUUGCUAAACACUGGGUUGCUCGGCAACAAGUUACGUGUGGUGUCGAUGAACUCUAACCACUUGGAUGCGUUUGCCAACAAGAACAUCACUGUCGAUAAGGGUCAGGUCAUCAUAGAGAUCCAGGAGCACCCGAGAGUGCACAUAAUUGCAGAGCAGUCGGAGCCAGAUCAGAAACCUGAGUCUGAGGAUGACACUAUGUCUGUGAACUCAGCGACCACGCUGACCAGCAAUGGCAGUGCGCCUUUGGUGACAGACAGUGCCCAAAACACGCAGCCUGCCAAAACUGAGGAAGUGAAGAAGGAUAUCAGCUGGGGGAACUUGAAGUAUGUCGUGGAUAUCCUUGGGCUGCCUGUCCUUGGGCUGCUUCUCUUUUCGGCUGUGUUUCACCCGAUUGUCGACCAUAUCGCGGAAGGGUACAAGCUCGAUGCGUUGAAUGAGAACAGCAAGUCUGUUGACUCAAAGGCUAUCAACAAAUAUCUCUGGGUGCAGGUGAUUUCGGUCUCUAUUACGCAUGCUGUCCAUGCAUUGGAAUGGAGGCUUAGAGAUGGACUGACAUGCAAAUAUGAUAUUAUGCGGAUUAUUCCUUCAUUGGCCCAGUCAAGCAUUUCAACACUCCUGAGGGUCGCGCUGUCAAUCUACCGGAUCAGCUACAAGGCACCUCUGCUUCUGCUUAUUGCUCCUGCGAUGGGCUUCGUGAUGAGCUAUACUGCCAAGCUGGUUGACCCUGCAAACAGGUCAUUGAGCAGUGUCAGGAAAACCUUUAGGAUCGGACAAUCAUGGGUCAAGGGCAUCCUUAUCGAUAGUACCAGGACGAUUCGCAUACAUGGUGUUGAAGAGCACUUCACAGGGCUUUAUGCAGACAAUGUUGACGAGGGUGUCCGUCUCGGUCGGCCAAGCAGUUCUUUAGGCUCAUUGUCGGGUACGAUCGAUAGUAUCGUUGACAUCGUUACAAGUGCUGCUGUCACAUCCGUAAUGGUUGCUCAGUCACAGUUCACUGACUACAAGCUAUCGUCGGGCGAGCUCGAGGCGUUUCAGUCGCUAGUCAGCAGAAUGACAUCAAAUAUGUCAAGUUUGGUAUCUCUUCGCAAACGUCUGAUCUUCUUGCUCGACAGCGUAGAUAAGGUGCGCACAUUCGUCAGCAUACAGUCCGACAAGGCAUGGAGUAUGGAUGGUGUGCAGCCGCCAGCAAACUGGCCCACGCGCGGCGAGAUCGAGUUCCGCAACUACAGCAUGCGCUACAUCCCGGAUCAGGCCCUGGUACUAAAGAGCGUCUCGUUCACGAUCAAGAGCGGCGAGCGCAUUGGCAUUGUGGGCCGCACUGGUGCAGGCAAAUCGUCGCUGACACGUGCAUUGUUCCGGCUAGUUGAAGGCGAAGGCGGGUCGAUUCUGAUUGACGGCGUCGACAUCGCAACUCUGCGUGCUGACAGUCUGCGUCCGAAUAUUACAAUUAUCCCGCAGGAUUCGACCCUCUUCUAUGGUUCUGUCAGAGCAAACCUUGACCCGCUGAAGCAGUUUUCGAUUGAGGACAUGUGGGCAGCGCUUAUCAAGGCAGAUAUGGUCGGCGUGAUCAACUCGGAGAAUAUGCACGACAAGGCAAGAAAAAUCGACGAUGGCAGCGACUGGUACAUUGGGGAGUCGAAGUGGCAGAGAGAGAAGCGACGCAAGUCUGGCUGGCUGAUGCGCAUGUUCUUGUGGCUCUGCCUUGAGAAGAGGUCUCUUGUCAAAAGUGAGCCAACUCUGGGUAACUGGGGUCUAUCUAGCUGGGUUGGCGGUAGCACACUGACCUCAGGACAGCGGCAGCUUUUCAGUCUGGCCCGUGCGCUGAUGCGCAAACGCAAGAUCCUGGUUCUUGACGAGGCGACGGCAGACGUUGACCUCAAGACAGACAAAACUAUCCACGACGUCAUCCACAAGGAGUUUGCCGGCUGUACGAUCCUGACCAUCGCGCAUCGCCUUGAAACCGUCAUGAGCAGCGAUCGCAUCAUCGUCAUGGAUCAUGGUAGUAUCGCCGAGUUCGACACGCCUGCAAAUCUUCUGGCCAAGGGCGGGUUGUUUGCUGAGCUGUUCAAGUCCAAUGAUUUUGCCAACACCUAA